AAAUAAGCGGUCUCCUUGCCCUCAACAGAACAGACAGUCCAAUACUGCACAUCACCUGAGCCUGGACAACUAGCGCUUCUGCGGAAAUUCUUGGCCAAGAAAACACAAUUUAAGCCAGAAAAAGAAUGCCUUGCACUGGACACACACUGCAAGACCUGCUGGUCUCAGCAAGGAACCACGACUGUCUGACAGUUGGAGUAUACGAGUCUGCGAAAGUAAUGAAUGGAGACCCUGACAGUGUGGCUUUCUGCGUGCUGGCGACCGACGAGGAGUUUGAGUGGGACAUCGCCCUGCAGAUCCACUUCACCCUGAUCCAGGCGUUCUGCUUCGACAACGACAUCAGCAUCGUCAGAGUGAACGACAUGCAGCGGCUCUCUAACAUUGUGGGCGACAAGUCCGUGGAACUCGAGGAUGCCCACUGCGUUCUUAUCACGAGCCCCGCUGAAGGCUCGUGGCAGCCGGCUCUGGAGGAGCUGCACCUGUUCUGCGCAGAGAGACGCAGCCUGAGCGAGUGGCUGCCGGCCGUUUCCCUGCCCAAACGCUGA